UGAUUUGGAAAUAACGAUCUAAAAGAUAUGACUGUAAAAUAUCAAAAAAUGAGUAGCGCCGACGUUUAUAAAGGAGGCCUUUGUCUAUACCCUAUCGUAGGCCUGAGAGAUGUCAAGAAAAGCAGUAAAACAAUAUUGUUUAUUCUGAUAGUUGCUUUCUGUACACAAUGUUAUCCUGUUCAUCUGCUCUAUGAUAGUGUUGCUGACGAAAUCCAAAUUGAUGGUGUGGUACGAUGUAGCUGUUGCAUGAUAAAAAGUUUCGGGGAAAUCAGUUCCCUCGGAAAAAGGAAGAAAACAUGUUGGUGUUCGCAAGUACUCCGCUCAUUUCAUACCAGUCCACCAAUUGCAUCUCCCAACGAACUCGAGUAUUUGGAAAACGAAGGUUCUGUUGUCCGAAAAGGUUUGGCGAAAAAAAUUUGCAUUAUUUGUUCAAAGUGCCAAGUCAAAAACAAUGCCGUGGUUUCAAACAAGAACACAGAAGGAUGUGAAGUCAAUCUAAGGCUUCGUGAUACCAUGAGGUGUAUGGGCAAUUUGAAAUUUCCUCCACCUUGGACAAAAUUUUUAUUUUACCUGAACAUUAUUUUACCAUCUGUAGAAAAGAUUACAGAACAGUGAAUGAUAAAGGCUGUGCAAGAAUCUGUUUCAUUGAACCACAAUGAUAGUGAUAUCACUGCAGCUUUCGAUGGAGCAUGGUACAAACAGGGCCUCACAUCUUAGGACAGUGUUAUCACUGCCACCUCAUUAAAGACAGUCCCUUUAUUCCCUGCCCUUAUACAUUUAAAAAGGCGUUCAUUGCAAAAGAUGCAGAUUUUGGCAACGACUUUUUAAAAGUUGAUGCUCACUGUAAAGAAUGUGAUUCAUCAGCCAUAGGAACAAUGACAGAACCACCAUUGGAAGGGGAGAGUUCAGUAAUGAUUUGGCGAGCUGUUGAUACACGGGGCGUUUCACGUUCAAAAAACGACCUAUUGCUGCGCUGA